ACGCACUUCCUGUUGUCCCCAAAACAUGUGAACUAGCCGCUAGCUUCAUAAUUUAAUCAAACAUUUACCUAAAACGUUACAGAAAAUGGUUCAAUUGUCCAGAAUUUGUCACCGUAAGUAUGGGAGAUUCCUCGACAAUCUGCGGCUGUAUGUGCGCGGAGGCAGCGGGGGCAUGGGUUUGCCCCGUCUGGGUGGUCAAGGUGGAGAUGGAGGAGAUGUUUAUGUGGUGGCAUCAAAAGACAUGACCCUAAAAAGAAUAAAGGACAAAUACCCGCAGAAACGCUUUGUAGCUGGAUCAGGGGAAAACAGCAGUGUCAAGGCUUUGAAAGGGCAGCGGGGGAAGGACUGUAGCAUAUUGGCACCUGUUGGCAUCACUGUCACCACAGAUGACGGCAGAGUUAUAGGUGACUUGAAUGCUCCUGGAGAAAGUGUGAAGGUUGCCAAAGGUGGAAGUGGAGGCUCAUUUCACUCCUUUUUCAAUCCCAAUAAAGCAAAACCCAAACACAUUAGACUGGAUCUGAAACUAAUAGCUGACAUGGGUUUAGUGGGAUUCCCAAAUGCAGGAAAAUCAUCUCUUCUGACAGCCUUAUCUAAUGCAACUCCUCAGAUAGCCAGCUAUGCUUUCACAACUUUAAAACCAGAAAUUGGGAAACUGAUGUACAAAGAUCAUAAACAGAUUUCAGUCGCUGAUCUCCCAGGGCUCAUUGAAGGCGCUCACUUAAACAAAGGCAUGGGACACAAGUUUCUCAAACAUGUGGAGAGAACUAAACAACUACUGUUUGUGGUUGAUGUUGGUGGCUUCCAGCUGGCAAGUAAAACACCAUUCAGAUCUGCUUUUGAAGCAGUGCAGCUUCUGACAAAGGAACUAGAGCUAUACAAAGAGGAGCUCGUGUCCAAACCUUCUUUACUAGUGGUGAACAAAAUGGACCUCCCUGAUGCUGAAGAAAAACUAGCAGAGCUUAAAAUCCAGCUUCAAAGCCCAGAAGAGUUUUGUAGUCUGUUGGAUGAUGACAUGAUCCCAAAGGACUAUAUAAACUUUAAGCAAAUACUUCCUGUCUCGGCUCUCACUGGAUUUGGGAUUGAACAUCUUAAAAACUCUAUUCGACAGUCUCUUGAUGAAGAGGCAGAGUUGAAAACUAAAGCUCUUCAAGAAAAACUACAAGAACUCCGACGGUAUUUAUGACAAUCAUGGACAUCAGCAUUUGUUGCCAAGGACACUGCUGUCUGGGGUCUAGCAGCUGACACAUCUGGAUGUACGAGACACAAGAAACGUGACUGAACUGGAUGGUCUCAAAUAUGUUAUAAAGCUUUUUAUAUUGUUAGGAUAUUUAUUCAUUAACUAUAUCUCUGAAUUUACAUCUUGUUCCCUCAUUGGCAUCUUGUUUGAAAAAAUCUGGUCUUUAGUUUUUCCAUAUACAUAAUUUUAAAUCUCCUGCCAUCUCCUUGAUUUUUGUUGCUUUUCUUGAGUGUUCCACAGUAUGGCAUUAUACUUAUCUAAAAAAAAAAAAGAACCUUGAAAACAUCCAUUCUUACAGUGAGUGGGGUUGCCUUAACACAGAUCUAACCUGUAAAUUGACCUGGUGGCGUUGUUGUAAAAUAAACUGUGGAAACCCAAGAGUAGAAGAAAAGAAGCAUGACACAGGAGAAGUUUAUUUACCAUCAGUACAUGACCCAGCACUCGGACACAUGAACCCUCAAGACACUGAGAUAGUGUUGUCCGUUCUAGUCUAGUGCAGUCCAGUCUGGCUAUGCUUCCAUUGUAGGGAGUAUUAUACCUCUGAUGACAUAAGCCAAUUUCUCCUACUUGUCUGGAAUGAUAUGGAAGUUAAAUACCAUGACUGUAAUCCAAAAAGUUACAUAGUGCUCCUUUAAGUUUAGAACAUGACAAGCUUAUAAAGUAAUUCACAGGACCUUUUUACUAGGUGUGAUAUUUUUUGUGUAUAGUGUUUGAUGUUUCAGCAAUACAAGUAUAACUAUUUGUUUAUUUCUGAAAAUAUACUGUAGAAAAACUGGGAUGCCCACAUCUGUCCAUAAAAGAGUAAUUUUUUAUUAAAUAUAUUACAAUACUGAUUAAGAGAAAAAAU